CUCGCUGCCUCAUGGAACGCCGUACUGCUGCUUGACGAGGCAGAUGCAUUCUUGGAGAAGCGUGUCGAUACGGCGGGGGCUCGAGAGCGAAACAAGCGUGUCGCUGCCUUUCUUCGAAUCCUAGAGUACUACAAGGGCAUCCUCAUCCUCACCACGAACCGGAUUGUAAAGUUUGACGAGGCGUUCCACUCCAGAAUCCAUCUCACACUACCCUUCCAACCUCUGGAUCAGAAGUGUCGGGAGAAUAUCUGGAGGAAUUUCUUGAAGGGUGCCGAUGUCAGUGAUUCCGAUGUGAGGUCGUUUGCUGCCGAGGCUCUCAACGGCAGACAGAUUAAGAAUGUCAUGAAGAUGGCCCGACUGUUGGCGAAGGAUGAGGAGUCGGCGUUGUCUGCGAGCCAGAUUCGGGACGUCAUGACGGUUGUGCUGAGCGACGGGCAAGAAAGGGACGAGGGUGGUCUGGUUGGAAGUGAGUCUUGA